CCGCGCCGGGCGCUGGGGCGGGGUCUGCGGGCGCCGACGGGGCGGGCGCCACGUCGGCAGCGGGGAAAGGCGCAGGAGUGGAAUCUCUGGCGGAGCUGAACGGAACCGAGUCUGCUGCGCGGUGUAUGCAGAAUACUUGUGUGGAAACACCUAACUAGAAAUCUUCACGAAGGAAUAUAUUUGGCAGUAGGCAGUGUGAAGAGAAACCUGCCUUAGGAUACACUGCAAUCUGGUGACCAGGGGACUCUCUUGCAAAGUGGAACAUAAGAGCUUGAAUCGUAACAGACAAAGGAGGCAUCAAAUCAUAGGCAAUAAUGAAUCAAACAGACAAAAACCAACAGGAAGUCCCAUCAUACCUUCAUGAUGAACCACCAGAAGGUUCAGUAAAAGACCACCCGCAGCAGCAGCCUGGCAUGCUUUCUCGUGUGACUGGUGGCCUCUUCAGUGUCACAAAGGGAGCUGUUGGUGCCACGAUCGGGGGUGUUGCUUGGAUUGGAGGGAAGAGCUUGGAAAUUACCAAAACAGCAGUUACAUCUGUGCCUUCAGUGGGAGUGGGGCUAGUCAAAGGAAGUGUUUCUGCUGUAGCUGGAGGUGUUACAGCUGUAGGAUCUGCUGUUGCAAGUAAAGUGCCUUUAACGGGAAAGAAAAAGGAUAAGUCUGACUAAAUCCAAAACUGAGACAUAUUUGAUUAUCCAGAAUAUUACAACAGUGGCAUUAAAAUCUGCUCAGAUUUGGACCAUGAGAAGCCAUGUGUCUUAGACACUUUAUCUUCUAAAGAGUUGUGCAAGUAACUCCAUUCCAUCUGAAAAGGACGGAAGAAGCUUGGCUAGCACGGCGUAUGAAGAUUCAUUAGAGCCUAGAUUGAAGCUUUGUAUCUGGUGAAAUGUUACACUUGAUAACUGUAGAAGUAAGUGUAUCUGAAGGGAUAAUACAUAUUUGAAUAUUCAUUUACUGUAAGUCUUUUGCAGUUUUGGACUAAAAUGUGAACACAAACUUGGUAGUCUCUGCUGUACCAUCAAUAUGAUGAGAUACCAUUCACUGUUCUCA